AUGCGGGCGAUCGUGUUCGUCGUGUUCGUGGUCGGCUUCAUGGGCCUGGGCUGUUGUGCGCAGCAGCCAUGUGAUGGGCCGGGCUGCGAGGCCACGUCCCUGCUUACCGCCAAAACCCGACCGACGCCGCAGCAGCCCAUCUCGGUUGACUUGAUGAACGAGACGAACGCCAGCAGUGACCCACAGCAUGACGGGUCCGAUUUGGGCAAGAGCCUCGGGUUCAUCCUGCGGAAGCUGGUGCAGCUUGAGACGGUCGUGGAGUUGCAGCAGGCGAAGAUCACGACGUUGGAAGCGAAGGUGCUGCCGGAAGGAUUGCAGCAGACUGAGCUGCAGACACAUGAAGAGGCCAAGAAUGUCUUCCACAGGGUCUUCUGGAAGCACCGCCGAGAACACUCGCGGCACGUGGAUGCUUUGACUCAGACAGAAGACCUAGCGUUGCGACUGCAAAAGGGAUCAUCAGAUGGUGAUGCGGCUGAUUCGGCCGGCAUCAUUCCUGGCUUGGGUUCGACAGACUGGGGGAACCCGAUGGCUAACGAAUUCGAAAGGAUGAUGCGGCAGCUUUACAAUAAUUUUGUGGCCAAGGCGGCUGAGGAACUUGGCAAACUCGUUCAAAAAACCUGGGACGGCUUGGAGGAGCUCCAGGGAAAGAUUGACCAAGGGAUUCGCGGGCUCCAGGACAAGUGGAACGAGCUCAAGAACGAGGUCGAGGACAAGUGGAACGAGGCCAAGAACGAGGUCGAGGACAAGUGGAACGAGGCCAAGAACGAGGUCGAGGACACGUGGAACGAGGCCAAGAACGAGGUCGAGGACACGUGGAACGAGGCCAAGAACGAGGUCGAGGACAAGUGGAACGAGGCCAAGAACGCCAUCGAGGACAAGGCCACGGAGGCCUGGAACGAGCUCGAAACCCACGCCAAGGGUUUGUGGAACACAACAACAGGGUUUGCCGGGAAGGCGUUGGAGCCGUUUAAAAAAUUUGUGGACUUCUUCCUCAAGUUGCCGAAGAUCGCAGAAGCCCUCAUCAAGGGCUUCGAUGAGCUGGGGGCUGGAGGCUCUGAGGAGCAGAUGAGCAAGAGUGUGCUGCUGCAGGAAGUGGCCAAAACUGCCAAAACGGAAAGCCCAGCUGUGGGCAAGGAGCCUCGGCUGAUGUUCAGCAACGGCCGAAGCAGCGUGCACGUUUUUCAACGGCUCCGUGAGCCCGAAGCCCUGCAGCGGAAGCCGAAGCAGAAAGAAGCAGGGACAGCCUUGCUUGAGGCUCAGGCUCGGGCUGCUCAGGCCUUCCCAGAUUUCCAGAGAUCCACCGAAAAAGGCAGUGAGGGACUGCUGACUGCAGAUUUGUCAGAGGGCCCUUUCGUCGAGGAGAACUUGCUCACGCAGUUUGACGGCAGGGAGUACAACACCAAGUCCUGCUUGGCCUUCGCUCCGCAAGGAGGGGAGACUCGCACACUCACACAAGCAGACUGGCAAGUGCCUGGGGAUGCCAAAGGCAAGCAGGAGUUCAUCAAACUGGAGCCUUUCGCGGUCCCUUGUGAGAACAAGUGGAUGUAUGAAAACCGUGACGCAUGGGAGGGCUUCAGCUUCUACCGGAAGACCACUGCGAUCGAGAAGUGCGUCCAGGUGUCGCUAAGCUUCUCCAUCCAGCCCGUACUCGCUCUCGUUGCUGGCCUCGAAAUCGACUUCAUUCCUGCGCCCCUCGUGGAUCUGCAGGCGGUGAUUUGUUGGCCAGAUAAGGUCUAUGACUACUCGAUGAGAACACCCAUCAGCUCCAUCACCUCCAAGAUCUUCGUCAUGCGUAUGCCAGUACUCCAGCACACCUUCCGAUUGACAAAACGCUUCAUGGUCGACAAGAAAGGACCACUCCCCGACUACUCGAAUGAUUACAAUCAUGGCCUUAGCGUCUCCCUCACGCGGGAGCUGGGUUUUCAGACCUUCGGCUGGGACAGCAUUGAUGGCCUAGAGUCCUUCGGCGCACCUCCUUGCUGGAAUCGGCAUCCUCCGAAUCUGGAAGAAACUCUUCCUUCGGAGAGCGGCCUGAGCAGCAUGAGCAAAAGCGGGAGCCGAUCUCACAGUUGUUCGGGGAGACGGAGCACUUCGAGCUGA